CGUGCACUCCUCACGUGACCCUGACCGCAGAGUUACAUAGCCCUAGGUGCAGUUCUCACUCUCAUCUAGCUACCAGCUCCGCGCUUCCCUGCACACAGCAGGCUGGCAUUGGGCCUGAGAAAGCGGAGCAGGUAAGGGCCCCAGGGCCCGCGUGGCACAGCUAGGCAGCAGCAGCAGCUUGCCCACCUGGCGGUUUGUGGGACCCAGGGCCAAGGCUGCGCUCCUGGCAGCAAGAAUCGGGACAGGGAAGAAGAGGAGAUAAAGGUAGGCCCAGAAAAACAACCAGAAAAAAAAUCUCAUCAUGGCAAAUAUCCACCAGGAAAACGAAGAAAUGGAACAGCACAUGCAGAAUAGAGAGGAAAACCAACCUUUGGGAGGAGGUGAAGGCCGCCAGCCUGCAGGAAAUAACAGACGACAGUCUCGCCGACUUGCCCCUAAUUUUCGAUGGGCCAUACCCAAUAGGCAGAUCAAUGAUGGGAUGGGUGGAGAUGGAGAUGAUAUGGAAAUGUUUAUGGAGGAGAUGAGAGAAAUCAGGAGAAAACUUAGAGAGCUACAGUUGAGAAAUUGUCUGCGUAUUCUUAUGGGGGAGCUCUCCAAUCACCAUGACCAUCAUGAUGAAUUUUGCCUUAUGCCUUGACUUCUACCAUUUUACAUGAGAUUGAUACUGUGAUUCUCACUGUUUUCAUUGCAUUUUCUUAAUAUGCCUUUAUUGAUCUAUUUACUGUGAACCUUCUGUUAUUUCCAUGUGUCAGGUGGGUCUUGUGUUGCCAGCUUCUAAUUAGAGAUUGCUUUAGACACUUCUAAAUUUCUGUCAGCAGUAGAGUUUUACAUAUUUGCAUGGAAAAAUGUGAAGUUAAUAAAGCACUUAAUAAGCUAUAUA